AUGUCUACCAAUUUGUCUUCAGGCGGGGUCCUCAAGCUGCCGUCUCUGGGCUUAUCGAACACACACAUUUAUCCUGCAUUUGUGUUCGGCACCCUCACAUAUCUGAUCAUUGUGCUUUGCAAUUUGUUAGUCUUGACAACUAUUGCUGUGAGCAAAAAUCUGCACAAGCCCAUGUUUAUCCUGCUCUUCAACUUGCCCAUCAGCGACAUAGUGGGUGCCACGGCGUUUUUUCCUCAACUCCUUACGAGCAUUGUGACACAGAGCCGAUUGAUUUCCUAUCCCGGGUGCAUCAUCCAGGGUUUUCUGAUUCAUGUUUAUGGCUCGGGAAACUUACUGAUUUUGAGUGCUAUGGCGUACGACCGAUACAUAGCUAUAUGUUGCCCACUGAGGUACAACACCCUGAUGAGCUCACAUAAUUUGAUCAAAAUUAUUGUAGGGAUCUGGUUAUUGAAUCUGUCAGUAAUGGUCACAAUGUUUUCGUUGCUUCCGCGGCUCAAGGUGUGCAGAACACAUAUAGCGGAUCUGUACUGCAACAACCCAUCUCUGAUGAAACUAGCCUGUGAGAACAUCAGAGUGAACAACUACUACGGGAUAACGGCCACGAUUGUACUCAUGGGAGGCCCGCUUUUGGUAAUAGUGUACACGUAUGCACAGAUCUUAUACACGUGUGUCGUGACAAAUCACGCGGACGCCCGGCGAAAAGCAAUUCAGACGUGCAGCACGCAUUUAAUAGUUUUUUUAAUCUUAGAAAUCAACACAGUGUUUACAUAUAUUACGCAUCGCAUUGAAAGCGCGUCCCCUUCUUUGAGAAGGGCUUUCGGUGUGUCUGUUCUCAUUUUCCCUCCUUUUCUGGACCCGAUCAUAUAUGGACUGAAAACCAGGGAACUUAAGAAUAGCAUGACGAUUUUCCUUAAAAGAAAUCUGGUUUCAGCAAAGUAGACACUUUUCUUUUUGUUUGUACUGUUUAAUAUUUUAAUGUUUUUUCUAUCUCUGGCCGGUUUAUGUGUGGAGUUUCCCUGUUCUCCAACAGUCUAAUGUCAUGCUCAUGAGGUUAACCGGUGAUGCUAAGUUGGCUGUAGGCAUGCACCUUCAAGGACAAGCGAGCACAGACAAAGAAUGAAUGAAUGUAUUUUUUUUCUCCCAUCAGGAUUCAGCUUUUAUUUCAUAAUUUCAAGAGUUUUUGAGCAAACAUUCUUC